UAUCGAUAGCGAACAUCGAAGUUUUUCCACCUCUAUUUCCACCACUUUAGCAAAAUGUCCUUUAAGCCAAUCGAUCCCAAACGCGAUGAGAUACGUCGCUAUCUUGAGCGCGGCAGCGUUCUCGAUUCGUUGACGAAAGUCUUCAUACGCGUGAUCAAAGAGCGUCCGGAAAAUCCAAUGGAAUACAUACGCAACAACAUUGGAAUCGUGAGGCACCAGCACGACAAGUACGAGCGCCUCGCACAGGAUUUGCAAGAGGCGAACGAAGAGAUUCAACGUUUGCGUGCCAUUAUCAACAGCAUAAACCCCGACGUGCUGCAGACACCACACAUUCCCAUAGAUUCCGAGCCAACGGCAGUCGCAGAGAAGGUGAUGGAUGAUGCAACCGCCGCCGAGGGUGAAGUCAGUCAGAAUACCAAUGGUGGCGAUAAAGCAACAUCUUCGAACCCUGAUGAGUUGGUCGCCGCUGACGAAAAUUGUCACAUUGAGGAGGAGGAGCCAAACAAGGCUGUGGUCUCUGCUGAGGUCACCAAGAGCGUUCAAGAUAGCUCAACCCAAAGCACAACCGUCCAAGCUGAGCCCAGCACCGAAUAAAUCAAUAAACAAAGAAUAUUUGUCAGCGUACUAGCACAUCCCAUUAGCAUACGUUCUCAUAGAAAUGUUAACAGAGUUAAGCAAAAAGAAUGAAUGGAUAGUAUUUUCUUAAAUGUACAUAAUAAUAAUAAAAAACAUUUACCUUAGUUGGGUAUUGAAAACUUAA